AUGCCAGUUGAUAUUGCACCAGUUGUAUAUGGGAACUUCGACACACACUUCUAUGCGGGCCAGGAUGAGGUUGGCAGUGACGGUGUGUUGAGGAUUGCCAAGGCUUACAGACAGAAGGCGAAGCAUCCCGAGUUUUUGCCCACUUGGGAUCCACGCCAGAAGUAUCCUCCAUUGGAAUUCUUCAAGUACGAGGACCCAGCAUUGAGAGCUGAUCCAUCGUUCCCCAACUUGCUGAACGGGAAGACAUCGUUGAAGCCUAUUACUCCCAAGCUCGGUACCGAGAUUCGUGGGCUUCAAUUGACGAAGCUUAGCGAUGCUGCCAAGGACGAAUUGGCUUUGCUUGUGGCCCAGAGAGGUGUUGUUGUGUUAAGAGACCAGGAUUUUGUCGACCAAGGUCCAGGUUAUGCUGAGGAUUACGGCAGACACUUUGGGAAAUUGCACAUCCACCAGACUUCUGGUGCGCCAGAGGGCCAUCCUCACUUGCACAUCACUUUCAGACGUCCAGACCGUAAAGAGUUUGACAGAGUGUUCCAAGACGCUGCUUCUUCUGUUUCUUUCCACACGGAUGUGUCCUACGAGCUGCAGCCUCCAUCUUACACUUUCUUUGCGCAGUUGGAAGGUCCUGAGUCCGGCGGUGAUACGUUGUUUGCCGAUACCAUUGAAGCGUAUGAACGUUUGUCCCCACACUUCCAGGAAUUCUUGAGUACGUUGCACGUCAUUCACUCUUCGAAGGAGCAGGCGUUCAGUUCCAAGGCGAACGGUAGUAUCCAGAGAAGAGCGCCCGUGACGCACAUCCACCCAUUGGUUAGAGUGCACCCUGUGUUGAAGAAGAAGUGUUUGUUUGUGAACAGGGCCUUUUCGCGGAAGAUUGUUGAGUUGAAGAGCGGCGAGUCUUCUCACCUAUUGGACUUUUUGUACGGUAUCAUCGAGUCUGGCCACGACUUGCAAUUGCGUGCCAAGUGGGAACCAGGUACCGUGGCCAUCUGGGACAACAGAAGAACUCAGCACUCUGCCAUUGUCGAUUGGGAGGACCCUGUCACCAGACACAACGUCAGAAUUACUCCACAGGCUGAGAGACCUGUUGAAGACUUGAAGUACUUGAACGACCCAACUUACUACCCACACACUGACGAGGACGAUGAAUACAGAGGAUACCCAAGCCGCAAGUACUGA